AUGGCAUUCGCCAAAUCACUCAAGUCAGACCCUCUCGGCAUCGUGGAUACUCGACUGACGAUGACGGACUCACCUACUGAUGGCUUCUUUUCACCUCUCUUUGCGCCAUUCACCGGGCUUUAUGGAACCGACGAACGACAGCCGGGCAACCAGACAGAAGCAGAGGCAAGCCCAAAGCAAGCUCACCGAAUCCUCGAACUUCGCGAGUCAUUCCGUGGUUUCGAUUCCAGCCGAAAAUGUCCUCGACUUGAGUUGGAUGUUGCUGUGGAUAAGUACCACACUCUUGAUGGCCUUGCUGAACCCUUGAAUCCCCAAAACACGCCCGCAUCAAAUAGCGAACGAGGGAGCACGGAGGAAUCUACUGAGUCCCUUCGUUGCUAUAAAAUGGAGAACCUACGGACGAAGGCAAGCUUUGUUUGUCAAGACGAUGGAAGCGAAUCCCCCAAACCCUCAAAGUUGCGACGCCUUUCCGUUGGCCGCCGACAAUGGAUCAAACCCCCAGUUACUGCCCUGGCGAAUCAUCAGCCAGGCAUAAAUGCCGGUAACUUCAAGAAAUUCGGCAAUCCAGAUUCACUGCUGCGAUGCGUUCGGUUUUCUCCUCCAGCCUCUCUGUCUCCGCCUUCUCGUGCGAUACGUCGUCCCCUACCUUCGAUCGAAAGAAGGCAGGAUUAUGUUGCUUUGCAUCGACAAAAGAAACAAUACCGCAAAUGGAAGGUCACUGGUCGCACGAACUCUCGAAAAAGCUCGCCAUGCAACAUCCCUGCAAGAAGAACGCAGUCUCUGUCAGCCUUCAUCCCAAAGAACCAUGAUUUGCGUGGCUCAUCCCUUUCUAGCUUGCCAUAUCGUGAAACACGUCAAACACCGUUCCUCCCUCGCGUUGUCUCGGGUGGUGAUACCCGGGAAGUGAGAGCUGGCAAUGUGGGCGACAAUCCUGUUGCAGAUGACUCGAACAUUGCGGGUAACACCGAGCAGAACCUCCCUGCAUUUCUUGCUGUUUCAUUUUCGCUCUACGGACUCCGACCCGCACCUAGUUCAUCCACUAAGAAAGCACCAAAGUACGCUUUCAGAUUUCGAAUGACUCGAACUGAUCUCCCUCAACAACCUUCUCCGCAUUUCCCUACCGAAUUCGAAAACACCACUUGCCACCCGAUCAUUGAUGACUUAAUAUUCCACACUUGCUUCAUCAUCCCUGCGCUAGUUGUACUGCUGCCUCUCAAUGUCAUCUUCGUUGCAACAUACCCAUUGACCAACACCCGGGUCGGCGCUGUAAUGCUCUACCUUGCCAGAGCUUUACUGUAUCUACUGACGAACAUCAUCAUUCUUGUGUUGUCCAAAUGUGGCGUGUCUUGCGGCUGCCAGUGGAAUCCGGACACCGUCCAUUCGGACUGA